UGUGAGUGGCUUACGACACUCAGUGAACAGAAGGUGUUUCUGCAUGCACUGCCAGUGCACUAGUCUGCUGCAAGGGAUCGAGUAUCUCUCGCCUCCCCGUACACGGUGCCUGCCUUCAGCCUCAGCAUCUACAGCCUCCGCAGCCCACUGGAAAUGAGCGUCACACAAAGAAGACCUUGCUGAAGAUUUGAGUCUUACUACAAACACCAUCAUUGAUCUUUGGAUAUCACUAUACAAACAAUUAAAAAGGAAAGGAAAAGAAAAAAAAAGAGCGCUAUAUGAUGCAGAUCUCACAGGUUUCGCAUGUGUAUAACUGCGAAGAAAUGACCACUGACAGAAUGCCAACGAGCUUCACUCAAUGUGCAUUGCGCAGGUCAGUGAUCACUUUCGGUUAUGGAUGGUGAUUUGCGGCAACAGAUCUGGAAUCUUUAACGAGAAGGAAGGAAGGAGAGAGAGAGUGAGAGUUUGGAGUGGAUUAUUCCCUCCUUCGUGCGCAUUUUUCCCCCGCUCAUCUCUCCCACAGAUCGGCGCAGCAGUCGAUGCAGAGCAACGUCGGAGAGAGGACAGCGCUCAUGCAUGCAGUCCGGGAAACUUGCACUUCCUCCCAGCCUGCUGAAUGCCAUUUGGAUUCGUUCUCUUUUUGGCUCUUUCACACGAGGAGAACUAAGACAUUGUAAGUCUGCCAGGAUCUGGUGUCCGAUGAAAAGGAGGGGGGGCUGAAUUUGUACCACACUGGGGUCUUUUUUAGUUUCGCACAUAAUUAGUGUCGGCACAAAGGGAUCAACUGAAUAGAGGUUGUCAGCCUCUGGAAAGGGGUGAGUAGGCAUCCUUUCAUGUGAGAUUGAUGCUCGAGGAGUGCAUUUUUUUUUUUUACCUCCCUGUCUCUCUUUUGCUUUCUCUGAUCUAACAUGAGCAAAGUGACUUGUCGUUUAUUAUCUGCCGCUCUUCUCGUCUCAAUGUGGCAGGAUUUCUCGAAUAUUUAAGUGACAAAUCACCAUCCAUAUUCUCUGUAAAUAAAUAUAAGGGGAGUUACAAAUCACAAUGACAGAGAUCUGAAAGAUUCAAUGGACUUUUUCUCUACGACACUGCGGGAUAUUCAUGCUAAUGGAUUUCCUUCUAAUUGGUCUGUACCUAAAGUGGCCCCUAAGGAAGCCACCUGGGCUGAUUCUGUGCUCCCUGGGCAUUUUUCUGAAAAUAGUUCCGUUGGUGGGGGGAGCUGUCCGAGGCCAUGCCGAUGCGACAACAAGCUGUUGUAUUGUGAGGGGCUCAACCUGACUGACAUCCCUCAAAAUCUGAGCAGCGCCAUUGGUUUGUCCCUGCGCGAGAAUAACAUCUCUGAGCUGCGGGAGGGGAACUUUGUGGGCCUGUCACAGCUAACCUGGCUCUACUUGGAUCAUAACAAUAUCGAGAUCGUGGAGGAGAGCGCCUUUGAAAGGCUGCGAAGGGUUAAAGAGUUGGAUCUGAGCACCAAUCGGAUAGAGAGCCUGCCCAACGGGACAUUUAGACCUCUGCCCAACCUGCGAAUAUUGGAUUUAUCCUACAACAAACUUCAGUUCUUAGAGCCAGACCUUUUCCAUGGUCUUAGGAAGCUUACCAAUUUACAUUUGCGCUACAAUGCCCUUAAAUUCAUCCCUGUGCGGAUUUUCCAGGAUUGCAGGAGCAUGCAAUUCCUGGAUCUGGGUUACAACCAGCUGCAGAGCCUGGCACGUAACUCAUUUGCCGGACUCUUCAAGCUCACCGAACUGCAUCUGGAGCACAAUGAAUUGGUGAAAGUCAAUCUGGCCCAUUUCCCCCGCCUCAUAUCCCUGCGGACCCUCUACAUGCGAAACAAUAAGGCCACCAUUGUGGUCAGCACCCUUGACUGGACCUGGGACCACUUGGAGAAGAUUGACUUCUCCAAUAAUGAGAUUGAGAGCAUUGAACCUCAUGUGUUUGAAAGUGUGCCCAACCUCAAUGUUCUCAUGCUGGACUCUAAUAAACUGACUUACAUAAAUCAGCGGAUUUUGGACUCUUGGAAUUCCCUCAGCAGCAUUUCUCUGUCGGGGAAUGACUGGGAAUGCAGCAGGAAUGUCUGUGCCUUGGCUUCCUGGCUUAGCAACUUCCAGGGACAACGUGACAGCGGCCUGUUGUGCGCCAGCCCGGACAUUGCACAGGGUGAGGACAUUCUGGACGCAGUCUACGCUUUCCAGUUGUGCGAGGACAGCGUGGAAGCAACGACGCAGUCCUUCACCGCCACCAGAAACAGGGCCAAAGGCUUCAUAUACGACGGCCCGACGAGAAAUCCGUACGACCUGCAGGAUGUGGAGGGUGGGGAAGUGGUGACCAACUCCUUAACAGUGACUGCAUCCGCUGAUGACCUGGAGAGCACCAUGCAGAUUCACAAGGUGGUGACAGGCACCAUGGCCCUCAUUUUCUCUUUCCUGAUCAUGGUCCUCAUGCUCUAUGUGUCCUGGAAAUGUUUCCCAGCAGGCGUUAGGCAGUUGAGGCAGUGCUUCACCAGCCAGCGUCGCAAACAGAAGCAGAAGCAGACCAUGCAGCAGAUGGCUACUACGUCUGCGUCCGAGUACUACGUUGACUACAAACCCAACCAUAUUGAGGGGGCACUUGUCAUCAUCAACGAGUAUGGCUCUUGCACGUGCCAGCAGCAGACAUCUCGAGAGUGCGAGAAGAUUCAAUGGACUUUUUCUCUACGACACUGCGGGAUAUUCAUGCUAAUGGAUUUCCUUCUAAUUGGUCUGUACCUAAAGUGGCCCCUAAGGAAGCCACCUGGGCUGAUUCUGUGCUCCCUGGGCAUUUUUCUGAAAAUAGUUCCGUUGGUGGGGGGGAGCUGUCCGAGGCCAUGCCGAUGCGACAACAAGCUGUUGUAUUGUGAGGGGCUCAACCUGACUGACAUCCCUCAAAAUCUGAGCAGCGCCAUUGGUUUGUCCCUGCGCGAGAAUAACAUCUCUGAGCUGCGGGAGGGGAACUUUGUGGGCCUGUCACAGCUAACCUGGCUCUACUUGGAUCAUAACAAUAUCGAGAUCGUGGAGGAGAGCGCCUUUGAAAGGCUGCGAAGGGUUAAAGAGUUGGAUCUGAGCACCAAUCGGAUAGAGAGCCUGCCCAACGGGACAUUUAGACCUCUGCCCAACCUGCGAAUAUUGGAUUUAUCCUACAACAAACUUCAGUUCUUAGAGCCAGACCUUUUCCAUGGUCUUAGGAAGCUUACCAAUUUACAUUUGCGCUACAAUGCCCUUAAAUUCAUCCCUGUGCGGAUUUUCCAGGAUUGCAGGAGCAUGCAAUUCCUGGAUCUGGGUUACAACCAGCUGCAGAGCCUGGCACGUAACUCAUUUGCCGGACUCUUCAAGCUCACCGAACUGCAUCUGGAGCACAAUGAAUUGGUGAAAGUCAAUCUGGCCCAUUUCCCCCGCCUCAUAUCCCUGCGGACCCUCUACAUGCGAAACAAUAAGGCCACCAUUGUGGUCAGCACCCUUGACUGGACCUGGGACCACUUGGAGAAGAUUGACUUCUCCAAUAAUGAGAUUGAGAGCAUUGAACCUCAUGUGUUUGAAAGUGUGCCCAACCUCAAUGUUCUCAUGCUGGACUCUAAUAAACUGACUUACAUAAAUCAGCGGAUUUUGGACUCUUGGAAUUCCCUCAGCAGCAUUUCUCUGUCGGGGAAUGACUGGGAAUGCAGCAGGAAUGUCUGUGCCUUGGCUUCCUGGCUUAGCAACUUCCAGGGACAACGUGACAGCGGCCUGUUGUGCGCCAGCCCGGACAUUGCACAGGGUGAGGACAUUCUGGACGCAGUCUACGCUUUCCAGUUGUGCGAGGACAGCGUGGAAGCAACGACGCAGUCCUUCACCGCCACCAGAAACAGGGCCAAAGGCUUCAUAUACGACGGCCCGACGAGAAAUCCGUACGACCUGCAGGAUGUGGAGGGUGGGGAAGUGGUGACCAACUCCUUAACAGUGACUGCAUCCGCUGAUGACCUGGAGAGCACCAUGCAGAUUCACAAGGUGGUCACAGGCACCAUGGCCCUCAUUUUCUCUUUCCUAAUCAUGGUCCUCAUGCUCUAUGUGUCCUGGAAAUGUUUCCCAGCAGGCGUUAGGCAGUUGAGGCAGUGCUUCACCAGCCAGCGUCGCAAACAGAAGCAGAAGCAGACCAUGCAGCAGAUGGCUACUACGUCUGCGUCCGAGUACUACGUUGACUACAAACCCAACCAUAUUGAGGGGGCACUUGUCAUCAUCAACGAGUAUGGCUCUUGCACGUGCCAGCAGCAGACAUCUCGAGAGUGCGAGGUGUGAUAGUCCAUCCAUGUUGUUUUUAAAAGUCAGUGUUUUCAAUGAAUGGAUGGAUAUGGAACACACUUAAACUCGGCACCUCAUUUCGCUGCUCUCGGGAGGAAGCUACGUUUCUGGAGGGCAAAUGGACUGAAAACAGGGAUUUAGUGAUGGUCUCAACAGCCACGAAGCCUUGCGAGAGAAUCUGACUGUGAAACCUGUGUACUUGAUGCAAAAGAUGUGGAAUAAUUAUGCUGACCUGUCCCGGCUUCUCUUGUGAAGAGUGGAUAUUUGAGCUUUAAUGUGUCUUUCUACUUCAGGAUAUUAUAAGACUUUCUAAAGCUACCGAGGACAUUUUUACCGUGGAAACAAACAUAUGAACAGACACAAUUGGAGGGGAAAACAACAAAACAAAUAAUCCCUUAAAGGGGGAAAAAAAAUGAUUCUAUGUAAAAUAUAUAAGAGUAGGGAUAAAAAAAAAUGCAAGAUGUUAUCCUAUUUCUUUUGUAAUCUAUGGAUAAAAAAAGAGGAAAAUACAAAUGUUUAAAUAAAUGAAUUGCAAUUCACAGUACCCAUUAUUGCAGGUGAGUUGGAGGGUUGCUUUUUUUUGUGUCUGUGAUCCCGGGGAAAGACGUUCAGAGAGCUCUGCAGUAUUGCAAGAUGUAAAUAAGCAGGGCUGUUGGGAGCGCUUCACUUCAUUUGAAAUGUUAAGCCUCAGUCUAAGAUUCAGAUCUCCUCGUCUCUCCCCGAGAUAUAAUCACUGUGCAAAGCUUGAUUGCUAUGGCUGUUGCAGUUGCCCCCCUUGUACCUAUCCUGAAUAGAUUAAGCAAACUAGCAAAAACAAAACAGGCUGACGUGGUUUGAUCCAAUCUCACAUGAUAAAGUCAAACAUCUGUGUGCUGUGCAAAUAAACAAGACAAGGAGUGUCUAAGACCUUAAUUCCUUCACUGCUUCCACAGACUUCAGAGACAAGACGUAAAAAGCGCUUCAAGCGAGGGGUAAAAAUCAGAGUGAGAGGAGGCCUUAAACAUUUAAAUUGAAAUGUACUUGAAAUGGGGUGUGACUAACAAUCCAUGAGGUUUUUCUUUCUUUACCCAAAAAAGUUUAGCUGAUUCAAGGUGUAGAUCGUGAUUCAUUGUGGAUUUCU